AAAUAAUUUUCCUCUGAGAGAGAGAGGGAGAGGUAACAGUAAUAAGCUACAGCUGAAGAAGAAGAGGUAGCUACUUGAGAUCUAUAAUCUCAAUCCCCGAUAGUUUCCUCUUCUCUUUCAUUUCCCCCCUUUCCGCAGCCAUGUUUUCCGCUAGCAAAAUCAAAGCGGUUGAUUUUUACAGAAAAAUCCCUAGAGAUUUGACUGAGGCGUCGUUGUCAGGAGCGGGGUUAUCCAUCGUGGCAGCUCUCUCCAUGAUGUUUUUGUUUGGAAUGGAACUUAAUAAUUAUUUUGCUGUCACCACCACUACAUCUGUGAUUGUUGACACGAGUUCUGAUGGUGACUUUUUACGUAUAGAUUUCAAUAUGAGUUUUCCUGCACUCUCGUGUGAGUUUGCAUCGGUCGAUGUGAAUGACGUGCUGGGAACAAACAGGCUCAAUAUAACAAAAACAGUUCGUAAGUUUUCUAUUGAUUCAAAUUUAAGACCCACUGGCUCUGAGUUUCAUUCGGGAACAAUUGCAAAUGCUGUUAAGCAUGAUGAUGAAGUAGAUGAAGAAUUUGUUGAAGGUGCUUUGCCACUCACGACACAUAGCUUUGAUAGAUUUAUUCAGCAGUUUCCAAUUACAGUUGUAAAUUUUUAUGCACCUUGGUGUUCCUGGUGCCAACGCUUGAAACCUUCAUGGGAGAAGGCAGCUAAAAUAAUGAGGGAGAGAUAUGAUCCAGAAAUGGAUGGACGUAUUCUUUUGGCAAAGGUAGAUUGCACUAAAGAAGCUGAUUUAUGCAGGAGGCAUCACAUACAAGGGUAUCCGUCUAUUCGCAUCUUUCGAAAAGGAAGUGAUGUCAGAAGUGACCAUGGACAUCAUGAACAUGAGUCCUAUUAUGGAGAUCGUGAUACAGAAACCCUAGUCAAGACAAUGGAGAAUUUAGUGGCAUCUCUUCCAACCGGAUCUCAACAUCUAGCUUUGGAGGAUAAAUCCAAUGGAACAGACAAUGUAAAAAGACCCGCACCAUCAACCGGUGGAUGUAGAAUUGAGGGAUAUGUACGUGUGAAAAAGGUUCCAGGAAGCUUGGUUGUCUCAGCUAGAUCAGAUGCACAUUCAUUUGAUGCUUCUCAAAUGAACAUGUCACAUGUCGUAGACCAUCUGACUUUUGGGAAAAAAGUGAUGCCUAGAGCCUUGAGUGACGUGAAGCAUUGGAUACCAUACAUAGGAAGAAACCAUGACAGGCUUAAUGGGCGGUCAUUUAUCAACACUCGUGAUUUGGAAGGAAAUGUUACUAUAGAUCAUUAUAUUCAGGUAGUUAAAACAGAGGUAAUAACCAGAAAAGGUUAUAAAUUAAUUGAGGAGUACGAGUACACAGCGCACAGCAAUGUGGCACACAGCAUAAACAUCCCUGUUGCAAGGUUCCAUCUUGAGCUCUCCCCCAUGCAGGUCUUAAUAACAGAGAACCAGAAGUCUUUUUCACAUUUUAUUACAAAUAUCUGUGCUAUUAUUGGGGGUGUUUUCACGGUAGCUGGAAUUCUUGACUCGAUUCUGCACAACACUAUGAGGGCAAUGAAAAAGGUUGAGCUUGGCAAGAAUUUUUGAUAGAUAGGCAAAAGUUUUGUAUAGCGCGACGCUUCUAAUUUUGUUAUAACUAGCUUUCUUAGCACUUUGUUUUAUUUAGGUAUGUUAUAAAUCAGACAAAUGUAAUGUUCUAGUCGUCACUUCAGUGAAAAGAUCAUGUUACAAUUCCCAAUAUACAUGGAUAAGGAUUUCAAGGUGCAUUAUGCACCAGACUGGUUA